CUCGAUCCCACCGUCCAGGGUCCCCACAACCUUGCCACAGCUCACGGGACAGUACGAGUUGUUGCAUCUCCUUUCCCUGCACGAGCUCGUCUCUCUGUACCACCACCUCGCUCCUACUCCCGAAGUCCCAAGUCCCAACUACUCCGCCACUACCGCCUCGCCCGCGUCUCCUCCUCCUCCGCGGCGCCUCGGGCCUCUGCUGCGGUGGCGCCGGCACGGGCGACAUGGCCAUCCCCGUCGAGGAAGCCAUCGCCGCCCUCUCCACCUUCUCCCUUGAGGAUGAGCAACCGGAUGUGCAGGGAUUAGCUGUGCUCCUGUCAAGUGAAAGAUAUGCAACUAACAGUCCUAUUGAGUACAGCGAUGUUGCUGCUUAUCGUCUAUCAUUAGGAGAAGAUACAAAAGCAAUCAACCAGCUGAAUACGCUGAUUCAAGAAGGAAAAGAAAUGGCAUCUUUGUUGUACACAUACCGUAGCUGUGUAAAAGCACUACCUCAGCUGCCUGAUUCAAUGAAGCAUAACCAAGCAGACUUGUAUCUGGAAACCUAUCAAGUUCUUGACUUGGAAAUGAGUCGUUUACGUGAAAUUCAGAGAUGGCAAGCAUCUGCUGCUUCGAAGCUGGCAGCUGACAUGCAGAGAUUUUCUAGGCCAGAGAGACUGGUUAAUGGACCCACAAUCACUCAUUUUUGGUCUAUGCUGAAGUUGCUUGAUGUCCUACUGCAGCUUGAUCAUCUUAAGAAUGCAAAAGCGAGUAUACCUAAUGAUUUUUCAUGGUACAAAAGAACAUUUACUCAAGUAAGCACCCAGUGGCAGGAUACUGACACCAUGAGAGAAGAGCUGGAUGAUCUUCAGAUUUUUCUGAGCACCAGAUGGGCCAUCUUAUUAAAUUUGCACGCUGAGAUGUUUCGGACAAAUACUGUUGAGGAUAUUCUACAGGUCCUUAUAGUAUUUUGUGUGGAGUCAUUGGAGUUGGACUUUGCUCUUCUUUUUCCUGAGCGUCAUACCCUACUUCGUGUUCUCCCUGUUUUGGUUGUUUUAGCAACCUCAUCAGAGAAGGAGAGCGAGUCGCUUUAUAAGAGGGUGAAGAUAAAUCGUCUUCUCAACAUUUUUAAGAAUGACCCAGUUAUUCCGGCAUUUCCCGAUCUGCAUCUCUCUCCUGCUGCAAUGUUGAAGGAAUUGUCAUCAUAUUUUCAAAAUUUUUCCAGUCAAACUCGUCUCCUUACUCUUCCGGCUCCUCAUGAAAUUCCUCCUCGAGAGCUACAAGAUUAUCAGAGGCAUUACUUGAUUUUGAAUCACAUGGGAACUAUCAGAGCUGAGCAUGAUGACUUCUCUAUACGUUUUGCCUCUGCUAUGAAUCAGAUGAUAAUAUUGAAGUCAUCAGAUGGUGCAGAUAAUGACUGGUCUAGAGAUAUUAAAGGGAACAUGUAUGAUAUUGUCGUGGAAGGCUUCCAGCUUCUUAGUCGUUGGACUGGCAGGAUAUGGGAACAAUGUGCUUGGAAAUUCUCUCGCCCCUGUAAAGAACCUCCUAUUUCAGAUUCUCAACAAAACUCCACGACAUGUUUUGACUAUGAAAAGGUAGUACGCUGGAACUAUACUGCAGAAGAACGAAGGGCUCUGCUUGAAUUAAUUGGUUACAUAAAGAGCAUUGGAUUGAUGAUGCAACAUUGUGAUACCUUAGUAUCUGAAGCUUUAUGGGAAACAAUACAUAUGGAGGUCCAAGAUUUUGUACAGGAUAAACUAGAUACAAUGCUUCGUACAACAUUUAGAAAGAAGAAGGACCUUUCUCGGAUUCUCUCUGAUAUGCGAACCCUCUCGGCAGAUUGGAUGGCCAACACUAGCAAGGCAGACCCGGAGCAGCACUCGCUACACCAAGAAACAGAGGAAAUGAGACAAAACACAUUUUACCCAAGACCAGUUGCACCAACAGCUGCACAGAUUCAUUGUUUGCAAUUUCUUAUCUGUGAGCUUGUAUCUGGUGGUAAUCUGAGAAAACCUGGAGGAUUAUUUGGGAAUAGCGGCUCUGGCAUACCUGUGGAAGAUCUUAAACAAUUAGAGACAUUUUUCUACAAGCUCAGUUUCUUCUUGCAUAUUCUGGAUUACACAGCGACUAUUGGUGCGCUAACUGAUCUUGGGUUUCUUUGGUUCAGAGAAUUUUACCUGGAAUCUUCCCGUGUAAUUCAGUUUCCAAUUGAAUGCUCGCUCCCGUGGAUGCUGGCGGACCAUGUCAUUGAAUCACAAGAUGCUGGUCUUCUUGAAAGCAUUUUGAUACCGUUUGACCUUUACAAUGACUCUGCUCAACAUGCCCUAACUUGUCUCAAGCAGAGAUUUCUUUAUGAUGAAAUUGAAGCUGAGGUUGAUCUAUGUUUCGAUCUUCUUGCUCAGAAGCUUAAUGAGAUCAUCUUUACGUAUUACAAGAGCUGUGCAGCAAGUACUCUUCUUGAUAGUUCAUUUACAUAUGCAUGUGAUGAUGGUGACAAGUACUUUGUCAAACCUUUGCGAUUUGAUGCAAUUUUCAAGUUAAGAAGAGUAAUGGUUUUAGGGAGGACCAUUGACCUAAGAAGCCUAAUUACUCAGAGAAUGAACAAAAUGUUCCGGGAAAAUAUUGAUUUUCUACUUGAACGCUUUGAAAAUGGAGACCUAUGUGGUGUUGUGGAACUGCAACAACUGUUGGAUAUUUUGGAGCUUACACACCAAUCGAUAUCAAGAUUUCUUGAAUUGGAUUCUUACUCUCUUAUGUUUAGCGAGAUGCAAGAGAAUCUUUCGCUGGUUUCUUAUUCAAGUCGCAUCUCUUCUCAGAUAUGGAGUGAGAUGCAGACAGAUUUCUUGCCCAAUUUCAUCCUAUGUAAUACCACACAACGGUUUGUUCGAUCCAUUAAAGGAACUCAUCACUCUUCUCAGAGAUUAAGUGCUUCUACUGGGAAGCCCUACUUCUAUUGCGGAUCACAUGAUUUGACCAUGGCAUACCAGGGUCUUGCUGGGUUGUACCGUGACUUUUUUGGAGUCCCUCAUAUGUUCGCAGUAGUUAAACUUCUUGGUUCCAGAUCAUUACCUGCAAUCAUCCGUGCUUUACUGGAUCAUAUAUCAAGUAAGGUAACAGGUAUGGUGCCAAAAAUAACUGCACUGCAAGAAGCAUUGCCAAAAUCUAUUGGACUUCUUUCAUUUGAUGGUGGUAUAGCAGGUUGCCAGAAGAUAAUUCAUGAAAUUUUAACAUGGGAAGCAAAAUCGGAGGUGAAAACUGAAGUUCUUCAUGACCUUAAGGAAAUUGGAAGUGCUUUGUAUUGGAUGAGCAUUUUGGACAUUGUUUUGAGACAAAUCGACACUACACAGUUCAUGCAGUCAGCUCCAUGGCUGGGACUGGUUCCAGGAAAUGAUGGGCAAGUGAAGCAUGCCUACUCUGAUAAUACUCCAUUUACCACACUUCUAAGUGCUGCCACCAAUGCCAUCGCAUCAAGCCCUGCAUGCCCAAAUCCAUCUACGUUUCUUGUCAUGUCAAAGCAAGCUGAAACUGCCAGUCUACUGUACAAAUCAAAUCUCAACUCUGGGAGUGUGCUGGAGUAUGCACUUGCUUUCACAAGUGCUGCCCUGGAUAGACAGUACAGCAAAUGGAGCGCAACUCCAAAGACAGGUUUUAUCGACAUUACCACUUCAAAGGACUUCUACCGCAUUUUUAGCGGUCUUCAGUAUAGUUAUUUAGAAGAUAGCUUUAACAAUCCUUUAAAGAAACAGGAAAUGUUGGGUGAUUCUGUAGCAUGGGCUGGUUGUACGAUCAUGUACUUACUGGGACAGCAGCAGCACUUCGAGCUUUUUGAUUUCUCCUAUCAAUUUCUCAAUGUGGCAGAAGUAGAAAGUGCAACGGUUUCACAUUAUCAAUCUUCAGAUAGGACCAAAAGUCCAAAUAUCUUACAAGGUUAUGAGGGCAUUCUUGAAGCGAUGAGGAAGGCUAGGAGGCUGAAUAACCACGUUUUCUCCAUGUUGAGGGCGCGUUGCCCCCUCGAGGACAAGAUUGCGUGUGCCAUCAAGCCAAGCGGGGCACCUCUUCACCGUAUGAAGUUUAUGAACACUGUUUCUGCUUUCGAGACAUUGCCACAAAGAGUCACCUGACAAGCUUCCAGGUGGAUGUGUUCCUCUUUUGUAUGUGAGGUCAUAUAUUACGUUGCUGUAAGCUACUUGCAUAUUAUGUAGUUACAAUCAUGAACUUGUUUUUAACCCUGGGACUUGAAUAAAAGAAUGUACUUGUUGUAUAUCCAAA